AGGUUAAAUUGACCUUGAGCCUCGUCAGCAAGCAAGAAAGUUUCUGCAUGACAAACUUAUUUGUUUGUCUGUGUGCGUAUAUAUAAAACAUCAUCAUGACCACCAGCAGCGGCUGUGGUGUACGUGAAGCCCUGAUGUUUCACUCUCACUUGUGACAAAGAAAAAGCAAACUAUGUUGCCAUGCAGAGGAUGAUGCCAUGUCAGAGGUCCUCACUGUCGAGGCUAUUUUGUUUGGACUCUUGGUCUUUUCUGGCAUCGUGGGAAACAUCUUGGUCAUCCAUGUGGUGCUUCAGUCGGCCAUUGACAGUCCGUCUCGGAGACUUCCUCCCUCUGACACUAUUCUGGUGCACCUGUCACUGGCCAACCUGCUGACCUCACUUUUCCGCACAGUGCCCAUCUUUGUGUCGGACCUGGGCCUGGAUGUGUCCCUGUCUCCGGGCUGGUGCCGAGUCUUCAUGCUGCUGUGGGUUUGGUGGCGAGCUGUGGGCUGUUGGGUGACUCUAGCGCUCAGUGUCUUCCACUGCACCACCCUGAGACGACAUCACAGGGCCUUUGGACCUCUCGCACAUCAGAAGGAGAGGCGGCGGGUCUGGAUCGUUCUGGGGCUGGUGUGGGGGGUAAACCUGGCAUUUUCAGUUCCAGCUCUGGUGUAUAGCACUCACGUUCAUGGCAACGCCACCGUGGAGCUGAUGGUGAUCAGCUGCACCACCAGGCCUCUCCUGGGCUGUAUCUGGGAGUUCCCCUCCAUCCAACAGGGCUCUGCCUUCGCCUCCUCCUCGCUCGCACUUAACGAGGUGUUGCCACUGGUGCUGAUGGUUUGCACUAACCUGGCAACACUUCACGCUCUGGCGAAACACAUACGAGCUGUCACCUCGGGGGGAGACGCCGGACAAUCCUCUGGGGAGCUGGACAAACACGUGGCCACUGAACGCAAAGCAGCUAAUGUGAUCAUGUCGCUGGUGUCGCUCUUCGUGGUCUGCUGGGCGCUACAGGUUGCUGCGGUGACAUACUACAACCACGAUGGGGGACACCACGCUGAAGGGCUGCUGACUGUGGCCCACUUCUCUGCCUCGCUGUUUGUAGGAUUUAGUCCCAUGGUGGUGGCGCUGGGACACGGCAAGCUGAGGAGGAGAAUCAUAAGUAUGAUCCUGAUGUGCUCUAAAGUCUUUAAAUGUCACAGGGAGAAAAGAGAAGAAGGGGAUAAAUCCCCAAAGAAUAAAGGAAAGACGAGAAAACAAACUGUUUUUAAUGUUCAAAAUGAUUGUAAGGUUAUAAAAGUUAAGGAAGUUAAAGCAAAGAAAUGACGGAACCAAAGUGUGACUGCAUUGAUACUUAAGUACUGAAAAGUAUCUGAAAAAUGUAAACCCAAAUAAGCUCAGAGCCAUCCUCCAUUUGUAUCCAGAGGCUCCAUACUACAUGUUUUUCCUGAAAGAAAGAACUGUUGUCAAGUAUUACUGUUACUUAUUUUGAGAUUGUUCAAGCCAGGUCAAACUGAGAUAUAACAUGUUAAUUGUUUGGUUUCAUUUAUUGUUAAAACUAUCCAAUUAAUCCAAUGUAUCAUAGUGUCUUUGUUGUUUUGGUUUGAGAUAAGAUUAAUUUUGCUUCAUGCCAGUAUCAUGUACAAUGUCUCAAUAUGCUUUAGAAGCCUACAAUAAAAAAACUUACGACGGCUCGUACCAAAGAAAAACUUUUCAAAGUGAAAUGUUAGAGGAAUAUAUACAUAGAGUAAAAAACAGAGAAAACUUGGGUAACUCAGUAAGUGAUUCUCAACAUUUUGCUAUAAGGUAAAGUAGUAUAAAUUUGUAGAAACACUU